AUGAGGUAUUAUAUACCUAGUUGUGUUGAUGCAGUUGAUACUCCAGUUUGUAAUCAGGUUUUUGAUAGUUUGGAAAAGGCUUACCGGUUUUACAAGGAGUAUGGCAGAUUGGGUGGUUUUGAUGUACGAAAAGCAACUGAAAAGAAAGAUUCUGAUGGUACGAUAAUAUUGAAGCACUUUGUUUGUAGUAAAGAAGGUUUUAAUGAGGUUAAGUUUGGAAAUUCAGAUGAAGUUGUAGCUAAAGAAGUUAGGGGAAGACGUACUGUAACACGUAGAUGUGGAUGUAAAGCCAAAUUUGUUGUUAAGAUUACGAGUCAAAAUAGAUAUUAUGUGUUAAAUUUUGUAGAACUUCACAAUCAUACGUUGGCGAGUGAAACUGGUAGGCAAUUUCUGAGGGCUAGUAGAGAGAUGACAGUUGGUUUGAGGAGUAUAGUAUUUGAUGCUGCAAAGGUUAAUAUUGGUUGCAGCAAGACGUUUAGUUUGGUGAAGGAAAUGACUGGUGGCUAUGCUAAUGUUGGUGCUACAUUACGCGAUUUUAGGAAUUUUGACAGGGAUUUAAAAGAGUUUGUUGGAGAGAGGGAUGGCCAGAUGUUGAUUGACAAGUUUAGAGUAAUGCAGGAGACAUCCAAAUCAUUUUAUUUUGCUCAUGAAGUUGAUGCUGAGGGUCACUUAACAAUGCUUUUCUGGGCUGAUCCAGUUGGGAGGAGAAACUUUGAAAUUUAUGGUGAUGCUGUGUCAUUUGAUGCCACAUUUGAUACAAACAAGUAUAAUAUGAUUUUUGCUCCUUUUACUGGUGUUGACAAACAUGAUAGAUGUCUCACAUUUGCUGCUUGUUUGUUAUCAAAAGAAGAUAUUUGUCAUUAUAAUUGGGCUUUUAAACAAUUUGUCAAAGCUAUGGGACGAAAUCCUGUUGUGUUUAUUACUGAUCAGUGUCCAGCAAUGAAAGUUGGCAAUCGAUUGUGUAAAGAAACAGAUUUCAUGGAAAAAAUGAAAAAGUACAUAUGGUCGUCAAAUUUGGAAAUUGAAGAAUUUGAAAAUGGAUGGCAAUCAGUGAUAAAAGAAUUUAAUUCGGAAGAUAAUAAAUGGUUGGCAAAUAUGUAUGAAAUAAGGAAAUCUUGGAUUCCUUCAUAUUUCAGGGACAAUCCUAUGUUUGGCUUGAUGAGAACUACUUCAAGGCAGCGGAAUGAAACUGAACGGCUAGAUCAUGAGUCUAACUCAAGCAAACCAAAUACUUUGUCAAGAUGGUUUCUUGAAGAUGAUGUUGCUGACUUGUUUACACGGACAAUCUUUUACAAAGUACAAGAAGAGAUUUUGGCGUCUUGCUUGGAAAUGCAAAUUAAGAGGAUGAGUGAAGAGGUUGAUGGUGUAACUCAAUUGGAUAUAAAGGACGUGAAAGUUAAAGAUAAACUUUUCAAAGUAGCUGUUAGCAAAACACAUGCUGUAUGUUCAUGCAAAAAAUUUGUUAUGUGUGGAAUUCUUUGUAGACAUGCGUUUUGUGGUUUGAAGCAAAUAGGUGUCACAAAAUUUCCUCGAAGUCUUGUGCUUAAUCGGUGGAUGAAGAUCGCAGAGUGCAGGACUUCAUCUCAAUCAGUUUCGGUAUCUUCUGAUUUUUUUAAAAUGGAGCAAGUGUCAUUGAAAUUGACUAAUUUGUGGUUUGAUUUUCGGCAAACUCUUAACAAGGCUGGAGUUCAAAUGGAUAAGCUUGAUUAUGUGCAUAAAAUCAUAAAGCAGAUUAGUUCUGAUCUUGAAAAUUGUGGUGGAGAUGGUGCUGAUUUUAGUAAGAGAGAUCAUAUUGCUGCCAUGGUUGGUGAACAGCCUGUUGGAGAUGUAAGUAUACUUGUGCCGAAUGUUUGCAAGAAUAAGGAAAAUUAUUUUAAACGACUUAUUAGUGAGAGAGAGAAAGCAUUGAACAAAGCGAACAAAAGGAUCCGAAGGUGUAAAGAAUGCUCGGGCACGAAUCAUGAUUCAAGAACUUGUCCGAGGAAGAAGACAGGAAGCACAGAUGCAAGAGCUGACAACCAAUCUUGA